AUGAAAAUAAAAGUUAUCAACUGGAACAUUAGGGGUCUGAACGAAGCUGAGAAGAGAAGUACAGUGAAGGCAUUGAUGGGUAAGUGGAAGCCAGAUGUUCUCUGUCUACAAGAGACAAAAAUUGUAGACUGGUCUUCUUCUAUGAUUCAACAAAUGUGGGGUAAUCGAUGGGCAAAUUGGGCAGAGCUUAAAGCAUGUGAGUUCAGAUGGUGUUACACAGGGGUAUAUGGACCCCAUACUAAUCCAGAUAGGGAGGUACUAUGGCUUGAACUUGCAGCUCUCAGAGGUAUCUGGGACGAGCAAUGGGUUAUUGGUGGUGACUUUAACGGUGCUUUCUACACUUGGUCCAGGGGUGAAGAUUCUAUUCAAGCUUCCAGAAUUGACAGGUUUCUGUUCUCAUCGGAAUGGAAUGACACCUUCAAGGAUAUAAAACAAAUUGCUCUCCCUAAAGUAACCUCAGAUCACAGACCAAUACUCUUGGAAAAUGGAGACUGGGAAGUCGGCCCUUUUUACUUCAAAUUCGAAAAUAUGUGGUUGCAAGAGGUAGGAUUCUUGGAUAAAAUCAAGGAGUGGUGGCAAAAUUACUCUAUCGAGGGCACUCCAGAUUUCGUCCUGUCGCAGAAAUUGAGAUGUCUCAAAAAAGACAUCACUGACUGGAAUAGAGAAACUUAUGGCAAGUUAGAAACCAGGAAGAGUAAAGCCUUGGAUGAGCUUAUGGCAAUUGAGCAGGCCUCUGAAAACAGACUCACAACCCAAGCAGAGAAAGAGAAGAUAUUGUCUUUAAAAAUGGAAUUGUUACAGAUUGCAAAAGCUGAGGAAGUGUCUUGGAGGCAAAAGUCUAGAUGUCUCUGGCUUAAAGAGGGUGACAGGAACACGAAAUAUUUCCAAAGGGUCGCUAACUCAUGUAGGAGGAACAACCAUAUCAAAAAAUUGAUGGUGGGGGACGAGAUCAUUGAAGAUAAAGAUCAGAUCAAAAGUAAAAUUCUUGAUUUUUACCAGAAUCUUUACACUGAGAAUGAGCAAUGGAGGCUAACUGCUACCUUUGAAGAUCUAACAUGCAUCUCUCUAGAAGAGAAAGAAUGGUUAGAGAAAGCUUUUGAAGAAGAUAAAUUUUUUAAAGAAUAA